AUGCCGACCCAUGCGCGCCUGGAGAACGAGCGGCUGCUGCAGGAGGUGGAGCGCUUCAGGCAGCGCAUCAUCAGCGCGACGCGCGACUACGCUGACAUCCUGGAGCACCGCGAGGAGCAGGUCAAGGCGGCAGAGGCGCGGUGCGGCGAGCUGGCGGGGCAGCUGGAGCGCGUGAGGGCCGACCUGGGGCAGUGCAACGAGGACAUCGGGAAGCUCAAAGGUGACAACUCCAUGCUGCAGUCGCGCGUGGAGGACGCGGCCUCGAUGCUGACGGACCGGGACACCCUGGAGCAGACCGUGAAGCGGCAGCACGGCGCCAUAGAGAAGCUGGACCGGGAGCUGAAGGUGGCGCGGGGCCAGGUCGAGGUCAAGAACGAGGCGAUUGCCAAGGCAGAGUGCGCGGCCGAUUUCGGGGGCGGGUGGAUCGCGUCUCAGAUAGAGGAGCUGACCCUCAAGUGCGCCGGGACCACGCAGCUGAAGCUUCUGUUCAACGAGCCGUGGCUGCUGCAGACGAGCCACAUGCGGCUGCGGGGCGACGUGCCGGCCGACCGCGAGGCCAACACUCUGACACCCCUGCCAGGCGGCAAGCAGCUGGUGCUGAUGGGCGGCCACUCGCGCACCCACGACGACGCGGGGCGGGACGUGGCGGCGCUGAGCCUGGACAGCCUGCAGUGGGAGCGGCCGGAGGGCGCGCGGCGGGACGCGGGGAUGCAUGGCCACACGGCCACUAGCAUCGGCCGCCGCCUCGUGGUGCUGUUUGGGCUGCGCGGCGAGGAGGCCUCCUCCUCCGCCUCCGUCCUCGCGGCGGACACCCUCCGCUGGGCGCCCGCCGCCGCCCGGCCCCCUGCCGGCGCCGCCGGCGCGGCCGCGCAGGAGCCGACGGCGCGGCUGUCGCACGCGGCGGCGUGCGUGCGGGAGCGCGUGUAUGUGUUUGGCGGCAUGACUGGCGAGGGGCUGCUGCUGGGGGACCUGUGGUCGCUGGACACAGACUCCAUGCAGUGGGCGCAGCACGCGACGUUUGGCGCCGCGCCGGCGCCGCGGAAAGGCGCGCAAGCGGGCGGGGCGGGCGCCUGCUACACCGCCGUCAGCGGCAACCGGCUGUUCACCCUCAAGCCAGACCUGCACGAGGCGCUGCACGAGCUGCAGGUGGGUGUGGGGAUGUGA